AUGACACCUCUCCGUCUAUCGGCAAUCCGUCCCACUGUACGUCGCACUGGUAGCGGGAAUGCGGCGUCGACACGACGGUCAGAGGUACCAACUGCCGCUGGCAAGUUCGCUUACCGGGGCCGCGUCAUUUACAAAUACGAACAUGAUCGUGCCGCAAGGCCGGCUUCACGAAGCCCCACACUCAAUCUCGCAAUCUGCCUUGGACUGUGCGUCUGUCUUUCGGGAGCCGACGUCCCAUGUGAACGGCACCAUAUCCUGUUGUUCGACACUGUCGAGCGCGUGCGCAGCCGCCCCAGCUCGGACUCGCGUGCCUCGGAGUGCCUGUCCGGCGGCCUGGAGAUGGAGGAGUAUGUAUGCGCUGGGAAGGGCGCAUAUACCCAGCUGCCCCCGAACGAACGUUUGCAAGUUGUCAGCAGGAGGGAGAAAAGGUGGCCGUUUCUUGUGACACGGCCCACGCAAUUGUCCGCAGGAACAGUGUAUGAUUUACGCUUACUUGCUAUCAACAUUCUGUGGGCUCGAUGGGUGGGCGAGUCUCAGUACUUCAGCUGGUUGACAGCAAACGAGUAA